AUGGAGCUCACUCCGUAUACCUCAACCAUGGGCUUGAGUGGCUUGCGACUACAACUUGCCAUCGCCACCAUCGCAACCUGCGCCUUCUGGCUCUUUGGCUAUGAUAUGUCUGUCAUGGGUGGCAUCAUCACCGAGAAGCCCUUCCUGUCUGUCUUCCCCGAGACCACCGACGCGACUAUACAAGGGAUUGUUAUAGCUUGUCUUGAGCUGGGUGCUCUCUUCGGAGCGAUCGUUUGCAUCUUCUGUGGAGAUAAUUGGGGAAGAAGAGGCACUGUAUUCAUCGGCAUGACAUUCAUGUUGGUUGGUGGUAUCUUGCAAGCAUCAGCAUGGCACAUCGCCCAGAUGGUCGUUGGACGUCUAAUCUCAGGGAUUGGCCUGGGCUUGCAAGUUGCGACCGUGCCUGCAUGGCAGUCUGAAUGUGCGAAACCGAAGUCUCGCGGUCGCUGGGUCAUGAUUGAAGGCGGUCUACAGACUUCUGGCGUUGCCUGUGGACAAUGGGUCGGACUCGGCUUCUAUUACACCUCGGGUCAAGUCCAGUGGCGGGCUCCUGUGGCAAUCCAGUUGCUCCCAGCAGCAAUCGUUUUCUGCUUCAUCAUGUUUCUCCCCGAAAGUCCUCGUUGGCUCGUCUCACAUGGCCGGUUAGCCGACGCUCGAGAGGUCCUGUCAAAGCUCCGCGGCACAGAUGAGUCAGAUCCAGUCUUUAUUGCCGAGUUCGACGGUAUCCUGGCUAGCCACGAGGCACAAAAGGCUCAAGCUCCCUUUGCGUACCGGGAAUUGCUGCAGAAUGGUAAAACGCAGACGUUCCGCCGCAUGUUGCUGGGUGUAUUCGUAAACGCUGCUCAACAACUGUCCGGCAUUAACAUGGUGUCGACCUACGCGAACCAAAUCCUAUCGACUAAUUUCGACCUGAGUCCUGGAAUGUCACACUUGAUUGCCGCUUGCGGUGGCACAGAGUACGCCUUCUGCUCGCUUCUCUCCGUUUUUCUGAUCGAAGGAUUGGGCCGUCGCAAGGCGUUCAUGUGGACCGCCUCGGGUAUGGCCGCUUGCUUUAUCGUUAUUCCGAUAUUGCUGUCCACUAGCUCUCGAUCGAACCAACUUGCUGGUGCUGGCCUGCUCUUCCUUUUCAACACCUUCUUCGGUUUAGCAUGGGUUGGUGGCCCUUUUCUUUACGCCGCCGAAAUCGCGCCCUUGCGCGCUCGAGCCCCUUGCGCCGCACUAGGUUCAGUAAGCAACUGGACUUUCUGCUUCCUGGUGGUCAUGACAAUUCCCACAUCAUUUUCAAACCUCGGGUGGAAGACAUAUAUCUACUACGCCGUAUUUAAUGCGUUGUUCGUGCCCGUCAUCUACUUCUUCCUGGUAGAGACCAGGCAGCGGUCCUUGGAAGAGCUCGACGUAGUUUUCGCUACCCCCGGAGAUCCGGUCAAGAAUGAGCAGCGUCUCCCACACGACAUUUCGAUUGAGACCGCAAAGACUACUCUCGGCCUCGCAGAUGACGUUGCUACAGAGAAUAACUCGGAUAAGGAUGUUGCUACGGGGGCAGUCAUGGAUCGGGAAAAGCGAUUUAGUUAA